CCCCUUCCGGAGGCUAGCUACCCGCGCUCUGAGUGCUCCGUUGGGAAGGCGUGGGUGCGAGGUUGCGUAUAACCGGCGGUCGCGGAGCGGGCGGGGCACAGGAUGGAGGCUGCGGCGCUCCCGGCGGCGGCGGCGGCGGCGGCGGCGGCGGCCGCGCUCACGGCGACGGUUGGGGGUGCGCGCGAGGUGGCCGCGAAGUAGGGGGGGCGGCGGCGGGGCGGCAGGAUGGCGGGGCGGCCCUUCAACACUCCCUAGGCUCGGUAGCCAUGGGUGCGUUGAGCAGCCGGGUGCUGCGGCCCGCCGGGCGCGCUGAGCGUCCCGAGACCCCCAGCGCGGGGGGCGCGGCCCACGGGACCGGCGAGAGUGCCGAGGCUGCCCGCGGCUUCUGCUUUUGCUCGGGGGGCCGCAAGCGCAAGCGCAGCAGCGGGACUGUAUGCUACUGCCACCCCGACUCUGAAACGGACGAGGACGAGGACGAAGGCGACGAGCAGCAGCGGCUGUUGAACACUCCGCGCAGGAAAAAAUUAAAGAGUACAUCUAAAUACAUCUAUCAAACAUUGUUUUUGAAUGGUGAAAACAGUGACAUUAAGAUCUGUGCUCUAGGAGAAGAGUGGAGCUUACACAAAGUAUACCUGUGUCAAUCUGGCUACUUUUCUAGUAUGUUCAGCGGUUCUUGGAAAGAAUCCAGCAUGAAUAUUAUUGAACUGGAGAUUCCUGACCAGAAUAUUGAUGUGGAAGCACUGCAAGUUGCCUUUGGAUCUCUGUAUCGAGAUGAUGUCUUGAUAAAACCCAGUCAAGUUGUUGCCAUUUUGGCAGCAGCUUGUAUGUUGCAGUUGGAUGGUUUAAUCCACCAGUGUGGUGAGACAAUGAAGGAAACAAUUAAUGUGAAAACUGUGUGUGGCUAUUACACAUCAUCAGGGACCUAUGGAUUAGAUUCUGUAAAGAAAAAGUGCCUAGAGUGGCUGCUAAACAACUUGAUGACUCACCAGAGUGUUGAGCUUUUCAAAGAACUCAGUAUAAACGUCAUGAAACAGCUCAUUGGUUCAUCUAACCUAUUUGUGAUGCAAGUGGAGAUGGAUGUAUAUACAGCUCUUAAAAAGGUACCGAUGUAUACGUGCAGGUUAUAUUACUUGAGGUUGCUCACCGUGGUGAAAAUCUGGUACAGCACAUUUAACAAGAAUGUCUAAUUAAAACUUUCUUUAAUAGAUUUUGAAGGGACGACCUUUCUUGAAACUGAACAAGGAAAACCAUUUGUGUCUGUAUUCAGACAUUUAAGGCUGCAGUAUAUUAUUAGUGAUCUGGCUUCUGCAAGGAUUAUUGAGCAAGAUUCUCUAGUACCUUCAGAAUGGCUGUCUUCAGUGUAUAAACAGCAAUGGCUUGCUAUGCUGCGGGCAGAACAAGACAGUGAAGUGGGGCCGCAAGAAAUCAAUAAAGAAGAGCUGGAGGGAAAUAGCAUGAGGUGUGGCAGAAAGCUCGCCAAAGAUGGUGAAUACUGCUGGCGGUGGACAGGUUUUAACUUCGGCUUUGACCUCCUUGUGACGUAUACCAAUCGGUACAUCAUUUUCAAACGCAAUACACUGAAUCAGCCGUAUAGUGGAUCUGUCAGUUUACAGCCUCGAAGGAGCAUAGCAUUUAGAUUACGCUUGGCUUCUUUCGAUAGUAGUGGAAAGCUAAUAUGCAAUAGAACUACUGGCUACCAGAUACUUAUACUUGAAAAAGAUCAGGAACAAGUGGUGAUGAACUUGGACAGCAGGCUUCUGAUCUUCCCUUUAUAUAUCUGCUGUAACUUCUUGUAUAUAUCACCAGAAAAAAGACCUGAAAGUAAUCGUCACCCAGAAAAUCCAGGAAACUGAGGCUCUCAUCUGUGGGAAGCAGGAACACUUUGAAAACUGUUGAGGCCAGCUUUAACUUAAUGGCCUACUGCGCUCACAUCCAAGGUGACUAAUAAUGACAGGGGCCUUAUGAACUGCACAGAUGCUGUAGAAGAUGGUCCUUACCCUUGUUACAUUUCUAUGCACAUAUGAAAAAAAUAUUUUAAAACUAAGAAAAUAUCUGUUAAACCACGUGUUAUAUCAACUCUUGCUUUUAAUUUAGUAUAAGUAGAAAAUUGCUAUAGGUAAAUUUCUCAUUUCUUUGUAACAAAAUAUAGCUUUAAUUUUUAGCUUGAAUUUUGCCUAAUGUUAGUAAACUUCACUUACCUGUAAAUUAGUUUCUAUUUUGUUAAGAGAAUGCUAAAGGAAUAAUUCGACUGACCAAUUAUAAAUGUUCUUUCAAUUGGUGCCUUUAAAGCUGUUCUUUAAUUUUUCAGCCUCUAUCUUGAUUCUUCACCUUACUCCGAUACCUUUCCAGUCUGCUUGUUUUUAAUCAUUAAAUACUUUUUCAUGGUUUGGGGGACUAAGUAUAGGAAUUUUUUUUUAAUCUCAAGCAUUUUCAUAUUUUUCUUUAAUUUAGCUUUCCUAAAAUUUUAAACAACAAAAAUCAGCUUUAGAACUUGAAAUAAACUUGAAUGAGGGAAAAUGGGUUGAUUUUGAGGGUUCUUUUGCCUUAUAUGGCCUUGUCUUUGACAUUCUGUGUACUCUUACUGUCAGGUUAUGGUUUAUUUAUGUACAGAUACUACACUUUCAGACAUUUUCGUGCUCUCAGAUCAUUGGAAUUUAUGUUCAAAUUCUCAUUUGUAAUCGUUUCCUACUUAAGCUCAGGACUUUAUAACCUCAAAACUGAGUGCCUUUGAGUUACACAUGUUAACUGCGAUUUCAUAGGCAAUGUACAGGAGGCUAGAGGAGCUGAUGUCGAAGCUAGUAACAAAGGAGUCGUGUAAAAUAGAAUUUAUUUUUGUCAAAAAUGAGAUGUAUGCUUGUCAUGAUUUGUUUAUGUUGAAUUCUUAUGUUUAUUGCUAUUUUGAAAGUAGCCAUAUUCAUUUUCUUUCCAGUCAGGGUGCUUUUGUGGUUGAUGUAUAUUUGUAGUAUGUUUUUAAAAUUGGAAUCAUUUUUAUGUAUCUGUUCAAAUAAUAAAUGCUCAUUUGGA